AUGCCGCCGAAGAGGAAGUCUAGUCAGGCAGACGGCGUGGUGGAGGACGUGCCGCGCCGGUCCACGCGUCAAAGAACGUCAACGGCGGCAGCGCGUGAGGCCACAGCCAGCUCCGCGGGCGGGCAAGGCAAGGCAAAGACUGCCAAGCAGCCAGCCACGGCGAAGAAGGGAACGUCCGAGGCCAAGUCAGACGAGGCCAAAGUGAAGGAGAAUGAGGGCGAGAGCGGCCACCAGCCUACACCGGCUGCAAAGAAGACGGGCAAAGCCGAUGGCGUCAAGGUCAAGCAGGCGUCGGCCAAGUCCACAACGGCCAAGUCGACAGCAGCAGAGGCAGAGGCAAAGUCAAAUGGAGAGGAAGCAUCAGGCAGGCAGUACUGGCUGAUGAAGGCCGAGCCCGAGUCGCGGCUCGAGAACGGCGUGGACGUCAGGUUCUCGAUCGACGACCUGGCUGCCAAGAGCGAGCCUGAGCCGUGGGAUGGUAUCAGGAACUUUGUUGCUCGCAAUAACCUCCGCGCCAUGAAGAAGGGCGACCUCGCCUUCUUCUACCACUCCAACUGCAAGGAGCCCGGCAUCGUAGGGACGAUGGAAGUCGUGCGAGAGCACUCCCCAGAUCUCACCGCCCACGACCCCAAAUGCCCCUACUACGACCCCAAGUCCAAGCCCGGCGACCCCAAGUGGAGCGUCGUGCACGUCGAGUUCCGAUCCAAGUUCGCCGCGCCCAUCGGCCUCAAGGAGCUGCGCGAGAUGGGCGCACAGGGUAAGCCGCUGGAGGGGAUGCAGAUGCUCAAGCAGUCGCGCCUGAGCGUCAGCCGCGUGAGCGCCCAGGAGUGGGAGUACCUGGUGGGCGUGGCCAAGGAAAGGGCCCAGGACGGGGAGUGA